AUGGGCACUGGAGUCGGGGUCAGUGUGGCGAUGGUUCGUGUUGUGACCGCCUACGAUCAGUUUGUACGAAGUCAUCAACUGACUGCGUGGCGUACGGCAGAAAUGGCCAAGUUGACUGUGCCGUGGAUUGCUGGACGUGUAUACCUGACCCAAUUCGUCACAACACUGGGACCACAACUUCCCUAUAAAACAGUGGGGCAAUCAAGCCGAUUAAACACCGGUGAGGAGGUAAAUGCCAACGUUGAGGAUAUGCUUCGCGUGGAACCGAAGUUGAUGAUUCGCCCCUGUAAACCAUUCACAUCCAUUCCCCACGGUGCAGCGUAUUCGUUUGCGUUUUGUGUCAAUCCAACCAACUUCACAGGCUCCUCUCUUUUCCUGUUCUGCAUCAAUCGGGGCCGGCGCCAAAUGCUCGUCGCGGCAGCUGUCGGCGCUCUUCCCGGUCUUGCUUACGGCUGGUUGAAUUUGGCCGUAUGUCGUGUGCUUGGUCUCACAUUCGAGGAUCUUUUUCGGGAACAAGCCAGAGCGGUUGUACGACACAAACUUCACCGGGAACCACUAUCAGAUCUAACUAGUGCGAUCCAGGAGGACUAG